AUCUUAUAAAUCAGCGCCCCUGAUAAUUGCUCGCUCAGUUCGCAUCCAACUCCCUCCUUUUCUUUGAGCCCUUCUUCCCCAAGCAGCAUGCAGGAAAAUGUAUCAUGCUUUUCACGGCUUAUACUGGGCUACUUACCUCUGCAGUGCACAUCAGAAUGGGGCAUCACGAAACUCAUGGUAUCUGUACCAUUCUCUCCCUACUCCUACUGUGGAGUACCAUCGUAUCCGCCGGAGACGAUGGCUUGGUCCGUAUUGCUUUGAAGAAGAGGCCGCUAAUGGAAGACAUCUAUAACAAGCUAGUGCCAAAGAUUACAACGGAGAACAGCGGGGCAGGGAGUAAGGUUGAUCCGGUGAGGGAAGCAGUUAACCAAGUUCGCGCCCAGGCACAAAGGAUAUUCACAGAGGCUGCGGCCAUGGAACAGCUGCUCAAGCGCCGUUGGAGUCACAGAGGGAUCGGAGGAAACAGACGUGUGCGCCAAGGUUACCAGGCCGUCGUCCCGCUCAAGAACUACGUGAACGCUCAAUAUUUUGGGCAGAUUGGGGUUGGCUCCCCGCCACAGAAUUUCACGGUGGUCUUCGACACGGGGAGCGCCAACCUCUGGGUCCCUUCCGCCGAGUGCUUCUUCUCCCUUGCUUGCUACUUCCAUCCCAAGUAUGUAUCAAGACGGUCCAGCACCUACAAGGAGAACGGAACACCUGCUUCCAUUCAUUAUGGAAAAGGAGCAAUUUUUGGAUUUUACAGUCAAGAUCAAGUAACUAUUGGUGAUCUAGUUGUAAACAAUCAGGAAUUCAUUGAAGCUACUUACGAGCCUGGCUUUACAUUUUUAGCAGCAAAAUUCGAUGGCAUUCUUGGACUUGGAUUUAAGGAAAUUUCGGUUGAAGGCUCUGUUCCAGUCUGGUACAAUAUGGUUGCACAAGGCCUUGUGAACCAACAUGUUUUCUCCUUUUGGUUAAAUCGAAAUGCAAACAAUGGGGAUGGAGGUGAAAUUGUUUUCGGAGGUAGUGACCCCAAACAUUACAAAGGCAGCCAUACAUACACCCGAGUAACCCAGAAAGCAUACUGGCAGUUUGAAAUGGGAGACUUUCUUAUUGGUGGGAAGAGCACUGGAAUUUGUGUGGAUGGAUGUGCGGCAAUAGCAGACUCCGGAACUUCAUUGAUUGCUGGUCCAAUAGGUGUCAUUGCCCAGAUCAAUGAGCGAAUUGGAGCCACUGGAGUGGCUAACAAAGAGUGCAAACAAGUUGUUUCUGGAUAUGGACAAGAAAUGAUAGAGUUGCUGAAAUCGGAGACACCACCGGCACAAGUGUGUUCGAAGAUUGGGCUCUGCGCAUUUGACGGAACUAGAGGAGUAAGUGCUGGUAUUAAGAGGGUAACGGAAGAGGGACGAACAACAUCUGUAGACAACAUGUUUGAUGCUACAUGCAAUGCAUGCGAGAUGGCAGUGAGGUGGAUGCAAAGCGAAUUCGUUCAGAAUCAUACCAAGGAGGGCAUGUUGGAGUAUGUCGGUCGGCUCUGCCACAGUAUGCCUAGUCCCCUAGGAUCAUAUGUGGACUGUAGACACAUUGAUUCCCUGCAAAGUGUCUCGUUCAGCAUAGGCGGAAGGAUAUUUGAGCUCCAACCAGAACAGUACAUUCUCAAGGUUGGCGAUGGAUUCAUGGCUCAGUGUAUUAGCGGAUUCACGUAUUUGGACAUUCCCCCUCCAGUAGGCCCUCUCUGGAUACUGGGUGAUGUCUUCAUGGGAGCAUACCACACCGUCUUUGACUAUGACAAGAUGAGUGUUGGCUUCGCGGAUACUGCAUGAGAGAAGCAUUUCACUGAUGUAUUUUCUUUGAUUGAGCAAAACAUGGUCAUUUCGACAUGAGAAAUUAUAUCAAAGAGAUGUACGUGCAUGCAUGAUAGCCUUAUAUAUAACAUAGCACAAUAUGUGGCUUUAUGUUGUGUAAAAGGUUAAAUAGCAUCUCACAUGUACUUAGCCACUACCUUGUGCACCUAUUAUAACAAAUAUUAUUCUAAUUUUUUAAA